GUAACCAUCCCUCACCCAGUCUCUUCUGUUGUACACCAUUGCUUCGUAUACCAACAAAAUGCUGUUGUCACCUUUCUUGUCAAAGGACAAUGUUGUCUUCGGUUUUGAAAUUCUCAUUCCUAGCAUCAUUGUUUAUGUCUUUGCCUGCGCCAUCUACAAUCGCUAUUUUCACCCGCUGAAAGAUAUUCCUGGACCGUUUUGGGCUUCGAUCACCAGUCUCUGGUACUUCAGAGCGGUGCGAAAUGGUCGAGGUCAAGACUACCAACUCCCCAUCCACAAGAAAUAUGGCCCCAUGGUCCGGCUUGCCCCCAAUCAGGUUCAGAUCGCGGACGCUUCCGCCAUCGAAACCAUAUACGGUCCCAAAUAUGAGUUUACCAAGGGCGACUUUUACAACAAUUUCCUGACACACAUUUCCAAGCGUAAGGAUAGCUUCGCCGAACGGGACGAAGCAGCUCACACGUGGCGACGACGGACAGUGGCGCACCUGUACACUCAAGCCGCUGUUCUGGAAUACGAGCCCUGCGUCGACAGGGUCAUCGCUCUCUUCCGCAAGCAGAUGGAUCAUUUCGCCGACACGGGAGAGGUCUUUGAUGUGUCUGUUUGGAUCCGCAAGUACACUUUUGACAUUAUCGGGGAGAUAUUCUACGGGCGUGAAGGUGGCUUUGGCUUCAUCAGAGAUAACAUCGAUUACAACAAUUGGUGCCAUUUGAUGGAUGUCAUGCCCAACCCUGCCGCGGCAUUGAACAACCUGCCGUGGGGUUUCCGAAAUCUAUAUUUUCUGUCCCAGAUGAUCUACCCGGCGACACGUGCUGGAGCCAAGGGGUUCUUUACCGUCAUUGACCAAUCCCACGCAGCCGUGAAGCAGCGGCUAGAUGACAUGGCGGCGGGGAGACCGUACAACAGGAACGACGUCCUCAGCAAACUCAUCGACAUCUCCAACGACCCGAAGAACGACUUCGGCAUCCUCGACGUCACCACGGAGCUCUGGGCGAUGAUCUGGGCGGGCUCCGACACCACGUACAUCGCUCUAACCUCGAUCUUCUACUACCUGCACAAGAACCCGCCCACGCUAGCCAAACUGCGCGCCGAGAUCGAAGAGGCCUUUACCAACGGCACCCUCAAGUACCCGAUCCGCUACAACGACGCCAUCAAGCUGCCUUACCUCCACGCGGUUGUCCGCGAGGCGAUGCGCAUGCACGGGUCGCUGGGCACGGGCCUGCCGCGGAUCGUGCCGUACCCGGGCGUGGAGAUCUGCGGGCGGUUUUUCCCUGGGGGCACGACGGUGCUAAUGAACGCCAACGCCGUGCACUUUGACACGGCCGUCUUCGGCGCCGACGCCGAACAGUUCAUCCCGGAGCGCUGGUUCCGCGACGGCGAGAAGGCGGCCGCCAACAUGGAGCGGCACAUGAUGCACUUCGGCUACGGCAAGCGCAUCUGCAUCGGCAAGCACAUCACCACCACCGAGAUGUACAAGCUGCUGCCCGCCGUCCUCCGGGACUAUGAGUUCGACCUCCACAUGGACGGCAAGGAGUGGACCGUCUGGCAGGGCUGGUUCCACCAGCAGAAGGACGUCACGGUCACGGUCCGGAGGAGGCACACGGACCAGGUGUGAGGUGAGCGCUUGAUCUGGCUACAGGCCCAGGUGGACAUUGGUUGAUAAGGGUGGGUGAUCUGAAUUCAUGUUGAGAGACAAAAGCACCAAGUGAGUGUUCUACAGUGGAAUGAGCUCG